CGCUGAAACCUUAUUUUUAUUUACUGGCGUCCUCCAGAGGACGAAAUUUGCAAGUAGGCCUAUUGAACUCAUAACUUCAACUCCCAUCAUGCAAUUCACCCGGUAGUACCAACGCAAUCAAACCAAGACGUAUUCCGGGUGUGAAAGAGUGUGCUCUUGCAAUGGACGGUAAAGCUGUAAAGGCAAUAUUAUUUGACUUGGACAACACGUUAAUUGAAACUACUCGGGCGGGUGUGGUGGCGCUACAAAAGACCAGUGGACUUUUGAAGACCACACUGGCCCUUGAUGAUCUGACUAUCAGCAACAUCUGUGACAAAUUCCAGCAGAAGCUUCUCCAUGAGAGCUUUGACCCCUCAGCUGGCAGAUCCAUUGAUGAGGUCCGUGUGGGUCACUGGGAGGAGAGCAUCCAGGAGGCCUUGGGCAGUUGUGCUACACCACAUCUGGCAGCUCAGUGUUACUAUCUCUGGAAAAAUACCCGCCUGGAGGUUCUUACUCUAUCCCCUGAAAUAUGCGACCUGCUGAAACAACUGCACCGCACGUACAAGCUGCUGCUGCUGACCAAUGGGGAAUCUCAGAUCCAGAGAGAGAAAGUGAAGGCAGUGGGAUGUGAGGAGUUCUUCGAUGCUAUUGUGAUUGGUGGAGAGCAUGCAGAGCAGAAACCAUUCCUCUCCAUCUUCACAUUAUGUUUCAGAAUGCUGGAGGUGGAGGCCCAGGACUGUGUUAUGGUGGGAGACAGCCUGGACACCGAUAUUUUGGGGGCCUUUAAUGCUGGAGUACGGGCUACAGUUUGGAUCAGCAGUGCAGGAGGUGCUGUACCAAAUGGUUCAGUGAAGCCAGACUACACUAUCCCUACUGUGCUGGACCUGCCACAGAUUCUGGCACGACUGAAUUAAAUGAAUGAAUGAUUGA